AAAUUUGAUAAAAUUUCUAGCUUUAACAAAGUAUAAAAACCCAAUUUGAGAGUGCGCCGUCCAUUUGCACCUAAUAAUUAUUAGCAACUGUAGAUAAUGUAAUCACUAUUGUCCUGCGAUGUAUUUUCAUCUCUUCCAUAUAAUAUAAUAACAUUUAUUAUUAAUCAAGGAGUUAAUAACCAAAUCAUACGUACAUACGUAGUAACAGGCUAUUUGGAUCAAGCAACACCCAAAUUCUCUUGAGAUUUUGAUCCAAAAAUUGGGAGUUUUUCACUUUUUUGUGAUCUCUGUGAAUGGCCCAGUUCACAAAAUCCGAUCUUUUUCGCCGGAAAUUGAUGGAUUCACCCCGACCAACAUCCACAAAUGGCUCAGCAAAUCGAGCUCCGCCGCCGCGAUGCCGUUAAUGGUUUCGAUCACGACGACGUGAUCUUCGGCACUUCGCUUUACUGUAUAUAUUGUUGGAGAUGGAGAAAACGCAAUGCGAUUCGUCGCGCUCAAAUCGAUAGUUUGAGGCCUCUAUCCAAUUCAGAUUUGCCAUUAGUGGAUCUAGCAACAAUUCAAGCAGCUACCAACAGCUUUGCGAAGGAUAACAAGCUAGGAGAACGAGGAUGUGGUCCUGUUUAUAGAGGUGUUUUGAGUGGUGGGGUGGAGAUCGCGGUGCAGCGGCUCCCGACGAAGUCGAGGCAGGGCACCGUCGAGUUCAGGAACGAGGUGGAGUUGAUCGCGAAGCUCCAGCGAAGGAACCUGGUGAGGCUUCUUGGUUGCUGCGUUGAGAGAGAUGAGAAGCUCCUCAUCUAUGAGUACCUUCCUAAUAGAAGCCUCGACGCUUUCUUAUUCGGCGAGUCCGAUUCAAGCAAGCACGAUCAAUUGAAUUGGAAGAGAAGGCACCAUAUCAUCAUGGGGAUCGCUCGCGGCCUUCUCUACCUCCAUGAGGAUUCUGUGCCGAAAGUGAAGCUUACUCUAUUUUUUCUAUAUUUAUUGGUCAUUUCAGAUGCAUGACAUGAAUUCUGCUUUCUGCACUUUUUUAACUAAUGCAGUUUUCUUUAUUAUGUUUGUGAUGCUGGGGAGUUCUUUAAGUUCCUCGCCUAUUUAAUGUUGCUCUUGCUGCUCUUUCGUGCGAGGUUAUAAUGAUAUGGACAACUCUACUGAAUAUGUUCGUAAUGGCAUGGCAUAACGAACGGUCAUGGGGCAAUCGCUGUAGCCUACGAAUAUUAUUGUAGAGAUCUGCACAAUAGUUAUCAUACACUUUUGCUUUAAGGGAUCAACAAAUCUGAAUCUUACUAUGGUCUAUCUUGAUUAUCUGCUAUUUUUCUUUUUCUUUCCUUUAUUUUUGUUUUGGACUUUAGUUUUUUUUUUUUCCCCUCCGCCCCCUGAUAUUUGUGAUGUAUUGUUCGAUUUGAUUCUUUGUUACAUUGCUUGCUUUUGACUAUCUUGGUUAUUCAUUACUGCCA